GCUUAUUGCCGCAAACACUGCCACGUGCUGCCGACAAUGUGCAUGAACUUGAACACCAAUGCAGUCAAUAUCAACAAUUACAACAACAACAACAAGCCGAACAACAAUACCAACAAUUUCGUUUCCGUUAUCAAUACCCACAUCAAUACAACAACGUCAGCAUGUCUGGCCCCAUCGCCACCAGCAUCGAUAUUGUUGACAUAAUCGCCGAUGGCAUUGCGUACGGUACUGCGGCCGAUAUUGCCACCGGUGCGAUUGGUGCAACAACCGCUCCACUCGCUGUGGAUGUGCCUGAGACCUCUUAUUCCAGCAGCGAAGACGAGGAAGAUUUCUAUGAUGCAAAUGAUGAUCCAUUUACUAGUAUGGGAAAUUCGCCGAGCUAGUAAGUACAAAAAACUUAAAAUAUUAGUUAACGAUAAGUAAUUUGGAUUUUUAGGGUAGUACACUUUUAUGAAAAUAUAUAAAUAUAGGUUUGAAGAAAAACAAUUAUUUCGCCUAAAUGUACCGUUACCUUCCUAUCUUUCAAACCUACGAGUACAGACAUUACUAGAAUUCUGAAUGCAAACUAAUCAAGUCGUUAGUGCCCUUCUUAGAUUAUACACAAUAAAAAUUAUGACCAUAGCUCAUAUGGUUGACAGAUAGGACCCAGCGAAGAGAUAAACUGACAUUGCUAUUCACAAUUGAGACAUUGAGCUUAUCAAUUUAUACGUUAACCCGACUACUACGAAUUGCUCACCGAUUUAUAUCCGAUUUAGGUUGCUUUGUUGUUAUUAUUGUAUUUUAAUUGCGUCAGAAAAAAAUUUUCCAAAUAGGUUUGAGGAACUGCUUCUGAUUGACGUGGAAUUAGAGCUGUAGCAAUCUUCUCUUAACCUCUUUGGCAAAUGUUUACUAUUAUUAACUGCUGAACCUCAAAAUAUCAAACAGCUUCAUAUGUUUGUCAGGAAUUAUGUCCAUGAAUGUCCAUCUCUGUCGUCUUAAAACCACUCAUCUUGGCUUUUCUCUUUUAUAUUUCGGUACAAAGAUUUCCUUUUACUUUUAUUGUGGAAUUAUUUAAAUUUAGUGCUUAAGGGAAAAAUUGUUGCAUACGGGAAGUCGCUAAUCAAAACCAAUAAUACAAAAUUAUAUAAUUUCAUAUAAUAAGUGUCAAAAUUUCAUUAUUAUAACCUGAGCAGGGUAUACUAAGUUUGCCACGAAAUUUGUAAAUGUCGGAGACCUUAAACAUGGCG